CAAAGAAUAUUCUCAAGAUGUAUGUGGAGGCGAAAGAUGGAGGGAAUCCUUCUUUAAAUUCCUUUGCCAUUGUACGAGUGAAUAUUCUCAAUGAAAAGAACCAUCCUCCCAAAAUAGGGAUCAAUUUUGUGUCUGAAUUGAAGAAGGACACUGCAGCGAUUUACGAAGGAACUAAAGUGGGCAGUUUUCUUGCUUAUGUGAAUGUGGUGGACAAUGAUUUUGGAGCGAAUGGAGAAGUGAGUUGUAAAUUAGAACAUGAUAAAGUUGUCCUCUCACAUUUAGGAUCAAAGGAAUACAAGAUUACUCUGAAGAAACCACUUGACAGAGAAACAUUAGACCAUUUCAACAUGAGAAUUGUGUGUGAAGACAAUGGAAGCCCUGCUUUAAAGACGGAGAGAAAGAUCUCAAUCCAAGUAAUGGAUGUGAAUGAUGUGCAACCGCAAUUUACCAAAGAUACAUUCCACUUCCUCACCUAUGAGAAUGGUAAAGCAAACUUUCCUAUAGGUUUUAUCAAUGCCACUGACCCAGACCUGGCAAGUGCUGGUCAACUGACGUUCUCACUGUUGAGUAAAGACAGAAAUAACAUACCGUUCCAGGUGAGUGAUUAUGGUUUUAUUACCAGCAACAUACCAUUGGACAGAGAAGAAGAAGACAUGUAUAAGUUUGAGGUUUUUGUCAAAGACAAUGGUAAACCGUCGUUGAAUAACACAGCGAAUGUUGUUGUUGAGGUUUUAGACAGAAACGACAAUAAUCCGUAUUUCAUCUACCCUACAACUGACCCUUUCCAUAUCAAUGUCCACUACCACCCGCAAAGUACCAAUGCCAUCACUGUGAUUAGAGCGUCUGACAGAGACAGUCAUUUAAAUGCGUUCCUCAAAUAUGGAAUACUUGACGGUAACAAUAAACGCUUGUUUACACUCAACUCUUUAACUGGUCAAAUGUCUUUCUCGCGUGCACCUCAUCUCAACGAUGCUGGCUCAUACGCACUGGUGCUUGUGGUCAAGGAUUCUGGAAGCCCAGUGUUGUCAGCCACAACUACUGUGUCUUUGUCAUUAAGGGUCACUAACAAGACAUCAGCACCGAUGCCGACUGUCCACUUAGAGAAGAACAGAACACUGGACGUACCAUUAUUGAUUAUCCUUGUAGUAGCAGCUGUAAUAGUAGCUGUGGUGAUUGUAGUGUCGAUCACACUGUGUAUUGUGAAAUGUAGCAGUGGUCAGUCUCGCUCUGCCAAGAGCACUAGGAAAGGUGUUAAUAGGUCAGCUAUAUGUAACAGAAUUGAUCAACCUUUACCGUGUCAGAGCAGCAGUAUUCCUGGUACCCCAGUGAGGUACUCUUCAGAGAUGAAUAAUAGAAACAUGCCAUUUGUGGAAUGUAAGGAAGAUUUCUACCCGCAGUAUGAGUCUCAGAUUGAUUGGUCAAACGUGGGUACCCUGGAGAAGAGUCCACCCAAUACAAUAUUGUUACCAACAAGAAUUAAGAAAUAGACCCACAUCACUGCCAGAAAAACAAAUAUUAUUACACAAAUAGACUUGAGAAUAUUCUGUCAAGAUCUUACCAUUCUGGAACAUUCCAUGAACACACACACAUGCAC